UAUUCAAAUACUUAAACGAACUGAUCCUUAUCCAUGUAUCAUAACUUUAUAUUUUCAUCAUAACCACUCGCUUAAAUCUAGUCAUGUCACAAGUUUCCAUCCAAUAUCGGAUGAAACAAAAAGUGAAUUCUUCAGGCUCUUUGAAAGUGGACAUAAUCCUGAUGCUCAAAAUGAAAUAGAUAUGUUCGAUCAGUUAGAAAAAGAGAUUACAGAAUUUAAUACUAAUAAUAAAGGAAAUGCAUGGAUACAAACAUAUAUUGCUCCAGAAAAAGAUAACCCUGGGCAGCCAUUUAUUCUUGUUAUUGUAACGAACCUUAUGCUAUGUUGUCAUACAUUACAAGAAGCAGGUGAGUUAGUCUAUAUAGAUACGACAGCAGGAUUAGAUGCUCUUAACACUCCUCUUACAAUUUUAUCAACAAGUACACCAGCUAGUGGUUUGCCUCUUGGCAUAGUUAUUGCUUCAGAUGAAUCAGCAGAGACCUUUACAAAAGCACUAGAUAUAUUAAAGCGUUUGAUUCCAUCAACAGGAUUUGGUAAACGUGGAACCAUUAUUAGGCCACAAGUGGUAAUGACGGAUGACUGUAAAGCAGAAAAAAUGGCAUUGUGUAAUACUUGGAAGGAUACAACCUUACUGCUAUGUGUAUUUCAUUUCUUGCAGGCGAUGUGGCAAUGGUUAUGGAAUAGCAAACAUGGUAUUCAUAACAAUGAUCGUAUAACUUUAAUUGAAUAUGUAAAAAAAAUAGUCUUUGCAAAAAUGGAAGCAACACUUAAUGUA